GAUCAGCUGCUCAAGGGUAGCUGGGACUGAAGUUCCUAUGGCCUUUCUGCUAGAGGCUAGCAUUCUGGAGGACAGUUGGGACUUGAUUUUUCCUGCAAUACAGUGGAUACAAUUUGUCAUGGCUACUCUGAGUGUUAUAGGUUCAAGUUCACUUAUUGCCUAUGCGGUAUUCCAGAAUGUACAGAAAUCUCCAGAGAUAAGAGCACUUUUUUGUCUGAGCUUCUGGGACCUGCUUCUGGGACUUUGCUGGCUCACAGAGACACUUCUCUAUGGAGCUUCAGUAGCAAAUAAGGACAUCAUCUGCUAUAACCUACAGGCAGUUGGACAGGUAUUCUACAUUUCUUCGUUUCUCUGCACUGUCAAUUACAUCUGGUAUCUGUACACAGAGCUGAGGAUGAAACACACCCAGAGUGGACAGAGCCCAUCUCCACUGGUGAUAGAUUAUACUUGUCGAGUUGGUCAAAUGGCCCUCGUUUUCUCAAGCCUGAUACCUCUACUAUUGAUGACACCUGUAUUCUGUCUGGGCAAUAAUAGUGAAUGUUUCCAAAACUUCAGCCAGAAUCACAAGUGUAUCCUGAUGCACUCACCACCAUCAUCCAUGGCUGAACUCCUACCUUCUGCCAACACGUCUGUCUGUAGCAUACUUUAUUUUUAUGGUAUCACCAUUUUCCUGGGCAGCUUUGUACUCAGCCUCCUUACCAUUAUGGUCUUACUUAUCCAAGCCCAGACAUUGUAUAAGAAGUUUGUGAAGUCAUCUGGCUUUCUGGGGAGUGAACAGUGGGCAGUGAUUCACAUUAUGGACCAGAGAGUGCGCUUCUACCCAGUGGCCUUCUUUUGCUGCGGGGGCCCAGCUGUCAUUCUGAUGAUCAUAAAGCUGACUAAGCCACAGGACACCAAGCUUCACAUGGCUCUUUAUGUUCUCCAGGCUCUAACGGCAACAUCCCAGGGUCUACUCAACUGUGGAGUAUAUGGCUGGACACAGCACAAAUUCCACCAACUAAAGCAGGAGGCUCAGCGUGAUGCAGAUACCCAGACACCGUUAUUAAGCUCACAGAAGAGAUUCUAUAGCAGGGGCUUACAGUCACUGGAAUCCACCCUUACUUUUCCUACCAGUACUUCCACCAUUCUUUGAAACUACAAUAUUGGAACAUCCAGGAACUGGAGUUAUUCUACACUAAUGGAUUGGAAAGAAUUUUGGGAAAGGACAUCUUAAAUCUUUUCUAACUAUGCUCUAAACUGCAGAACUGAAAGGAAAUAUAGUGCUAUUGUUCGUAGUCAUUCUAGAUGAAUUGGGAGUAUCUCUCCAGUUAUUCCCAGAUUCACUAGUGAUCCUUAAAGGCUCCUCUGUUCAGGGAGAGGAAGACACUUUUCAUCUCAGAAAUAGACUCAUGUUAGCUUGAUGGAUAUUAGAUUUGUCUAAGUCUCUUCUAGAAAAAAUAAAUUCCAGAUUAUUAUUUA